UGGUACAGGAAUGGAAAACCUGCUGAGAUGAUGCCUGCGAUCCUUACUGAGGAGACGGCCUCCCCUUUCUUCUUUCUGUGGGUCGAUACUGGAUUGAUCUGAGGACCUCAAGGAUGAAGCUCACCUGCAUGUUCUCCUUCAUCCUGCUGUUUGGAGCAGCUGGACUUGUGGUCUUCAUCCACCUGCAGGAUCCAGAAGAGAUCGUUCAUCAGCAAACACCAGGAAUGAGGUACAACAUCGGCUCCCAACAACUCAAAAAAGACUGCGCAUCGAGCAGCAAUCAGGACGGAAAAAUUCGAGGAAAUCCAGCUGAUGAAUUCUCUACCAUGAAACCGAGGGCUUCCUUACGCCCGAGGCAGAACAGACCGAUGAAGCCUCAGAGCCCAGGCAGAAAGACGCCGGUUGCCAUUAAAGACCGCCAGAGAAAAAACACGGCCACCAAUUUUGUGAGGACUCACAAGCGAAGGAGGAGAUUUGUCAUCAAAAAGAGUCCCAUCCUGAUUGGGGUUAACGGCUCGCGCCUCAACGCGCCCAUUCUGAAAACGGAAGGAAGCGAAGACGCCAACUGGAAAAACCUCUACGAGACCCAAAGGGAGAGGAAGCGAAUCAUGAGAGAGACUUGUUUGAAGUACAAGAGCAACAGCAAAAAGACCAUCACGCCUUACCACGUCUCCAGGAUAUUCGUAGAGGAUAAGUACCGAAUUUUGUACUGCGAAGUUCCCAAAGCGGGCUGCUCGAACUGGAAGCGUGUGCUUAUGGUGCUGAACGGGCUGGCUUCGUCCACCAACGUCAUACAACACAACACCGUGCAUUACGGGAACUAUCUGAAGAGGUUGGAUGGGUUUGACCGCAAAGGGAUCAACUACAGGCUUAGCACUUACACCAAGAUGCUCUUCGUCCGGGAACCUUUCGAGAAACUUGUCUCGGCUUUUCGAGACAAGUUUGAGCAUGCCAACAAUUACUACCACCCUGUUUUUGGCAGGCCCAUCAUCUCAAAGUACCGCCUAAAUGCCACCAAGGAGGCCCUGAGGACCGGUUCUGGGGCGACCUUCCAAGAGUUCAUCCAAUAUCUUCUGGAUGUCCACCGGCCUGUAGGGAUGGACAUCCACUGGGACCACGUCAAUAGGCUUUGUAGCCCGUGCUUAAUAGACUAUGAUUUUAUAGGUAAAUUCGAAACCAUGGAAGAAGACGCCAACUUUUUCCUGCACUUAAUAAAUGCGCCACACAAUUUGACUUUCCCUCGAUUCAAAGACAGGCAUUCCGACGAAGAGCGAACCACGACUCAGAUUACUCAGCAAUAUUUUAAACAGCUUUCUCCUUCCCAAAGGCAACGCAGCUACGAUUUUUAUUACAUGGAUUAUCUGAUGUUUAAUUACUCAAAGCCUUUCAAAGAUCUAUAUUAAAAAUGGAAGAGCUGGAAGCCUCUUGGUCCACAACUCUUGGGGAGCUCCUGGUAUGCAAUAUCACGGCGAGGAAGUUCCCCUUAAAUUUGACCGAUCAGUAGGUGGCCUCCCACAGGUAGAAGGUGUUAAAACAGCUCUUCAUUCUCCACCAGGAAUCCUGGGAAAUGUAGUCCUGGGAGAUGUAGUUCUGUGAAGGGAAGAGGAAGGGAAGGCUGGCAGGAGGGCUACCCAACAAGGCUUCUCACUGUUCAUUGUGGCAGAAGCUGUGAUAAGUUGAACAGGCCUCGUAUCCCUAGAUGUUUACCAUGUAGCUCCAGGAUAAUUUCAAUCCCAUAUUCAGGAUAAUUCCUAGUAGACUUCAGAAGCACACACUAGAUCCUCAUAUUUUCCAAGGAUCGCGGAUGGUUUCCAGCGUUAGAAUGGUAAUACAUCAGUCCCUGUUUUUAAGAAGGAUCGUUUUAGAAAUCAUCCAUGUUAACAAAAAUCGCCACCUUCGUCCUGUUCUUAGAGCUGCGAAGCUGAUGCCUAAUGCGGGACAGCUGUCCGCCCCUGUUUCUGGUGUGUAUCAGGCUUCCCAAAUGGAUUUUCAGCAAAGCUGUUUCUCAGCUGCAGCGAGAAGAUGAUGGAACAUAAUCUUACAAAGAGUGACUUAUACCUGUGCACUUUAACUGUCUCCAUCACACUAUCCUAUAAUUUUCUUUCCGGAAUUUCUACGUUUGGUAUAUUUAUACAUCUAAUGGCAGGGCUCCUAAUAAAGCACAUAAUUUCCCCCCCACACCAACUAAAUUAUGGGUUUGUGUUUGUAUUGCACAGUAGGAGAAAGGGCCCGGGUGCUUCAUGAUAUCCUCCAUGAUCAAGAUUUCACAACAACAUGGUUAGUAAAUAAAUAAAUAAAUAAACCCUGCUUUAUGGAACCAUAUUCUGGGAAUACUGGAGGAAGGGCGUCUCUCUAUAUUAAAAGGUGGUUUCAAGGAUGCACCAGUGAAAACCUACUAAUAUUUAAUGAACACAUGAGUGCAAAAUUAAGCCAGAUGUUGCAAUUCGCAGGAUAUGAAUACAUUCUCCUCCAUCGAGAGCUCCCUUAUGGCACAUUCGUCUGCAGAAAACUGAAAGACUGUGCAUUUACA